CUGUCUGUCACAUGCGAAUGCAGAUCCAAUGACAAUGUCUUCGCCUCUUCUAAUGCGUCGAAUAUUGGCACUUCCGCCAGCGAUUCGCGCUCGAGCCUUCAGCGUGCUCAACCGCCCAGCACCGAACUAUCCAGGCCAUGUUCCUCUCACUUUCAUCGAACGCUCCGCUCUGGCCAUUGGCAGUGCAUUCGGCUCUCUCCGCAAUCCAUAUCGUCACGAUCUGAUCGCUUCCUUGGGCGAAGCAACUGCAAAGCCCUACUUCAUAUCGCGUCUUCGUACAGCAAUGCUCGAUCAUCCAGACGGGCGUCGGAUUCUCCGGGAUCGGCCCUGCAUCACAAGCCAGACCAUCAGCUUAGAAAAGCUACGGACAUACCCUGAAAAUACGGUAGGGCGAGCGUAUGCGAACUGGCUAGACAAGGAAGGUGUCACGCCAGACACUCGAGAUCCUGUUCGGUAUAUUGAUGAUCCGGAAGAAGCCUAUGUCAUGCAGCGAUAUCGUGAGACGCAUGACUUCACACAUGCGAUUACUGGUCUUCCGGUCAUCAUUGAGGGAGAACUUGCAGUCAAGGCCUUUGAGUUCAUGAAUACCCUCUUGCCAAUGACGGGUCUUUCCUUGGCGGCGAUUGUGAGGCUGAAGCCUGUGGAAAGGAAAAGGUUCUUUGAAAUCUAUUUGCCUUGGGCGCUGAGAAAUGGAUUGAAGGCGGAGGAAGUGGUGAACGUAUACUGGGAGGAGGAGCUGGAGACCGAUGUUGAUGUUCUGAGGAGUCGACUGGGAAUUGAGGUGCCACCGGACUUGAGGGAGAUGAGGAAAGCUCUCAGGGAGCAGAAGAAGAGAGAGAAGCUGGAGAGGGAAGCACAGCAGUCACGAAGCUGAUGGGAGCUCCACAGAAUGGCCCUGGAGAACAUCUUGCAACAAUGGUUCGACCCAAGGAAUGUUCUGCUUAAAGUCGCAGGUCGCCAUCUUGAAGUCUGCUCACGCCUUGGCUUUAGUUCCGGUCACGCCUACGGUAGCCGUGCUCAUACCGAGAAGCGAUAAGUUCCAGCGCCGCUAUCGCCUCGGUCUUUCUCGUGCAAGACGUGCUACCAGAUAAUCCCGGAAGCACCGAGCGAGAAUAAUGCGAUGUUGUGCUCUGCGAAACGGCACUAAGCCUUUCUGACCAAAUUCAGAUGUGCUGCGUAUGUCUUCACUGCACACGGUCUGUCUCGUCUCACAAGGAAGUGAACUGACAAGAAGUCUCAACAACUCACUCAAAGCAAGUUCCGUUGUGAAGUGACCAGUCACAACGGCCCAAACUGUUUCUCACUUAGGCAGCUUUCUGCGCAAACACGCUCGUGACGCACCAGCUGAUUGGUUCACUUCUGCCACAGCAAUCUCCUGCCCACCAUAAGAGGCACUCCCUCUCUAGACUUCUCCUCUUUCUUUCCACAUACGACAG